GUCACGUGGUGUUAAUCGCCUCUUGUAACCCCCUGUACACUACACGACGCUCAGCGCAACACUCGCCCCGAUCUCGUGGAUUCUCGCACGAGUGGAAAAUCGGCUCAAAAAAUGUCGGUACGUCAGGCUCCACACGAGGAUUCUGCACUAGACCUGACCCCCAUCGAUGCUGACUUCACGUGGCACAAGAAGAAGAUGGCCCUGGAGAUGGAGAUCCAGGAAGCCUUCCUUCGUUUCAUGGCCUCCAUCCUGAAGGGCUACCGGUGCUACCUCAAACCCAUCACCCAGGCGCCAUCCGAGAAGGCCACGGCUGCGGACUCCCUUUAUGACCUGCAAGGUUUCCUGAAGAGCAGGGACAGAGCCCAUCAGAAGUUCUACUCCCAGCUCACCAAGACCCAGAUCUUCAUCCGCUUUAUUGAGGAGUGCACCUUCGUCAGCGACAAGGACACCGGUUUGGCGUUUUUUGACGACUGUGUGGAGAAGCUUUUUCCCUCUGAUAAAAUCACCGACAAGGGCACCAAGGUUGAAGGGGACUCGUCUGAGGACACGAAGCUGCUGGAGCUGGAUGAAUCUCAGAAGAGUGAACACACGGUCUUUGUGAUGCCUCCUGAGCCUCCAGCUGACAACGGACCGGAACCUGCUCCUCGCUACACUUAUAAAGGUUUCCCUAAGCUGCAGAUGGAUCUGUUCGACCGUCCCAGAGAGUUGCGUCCAGCUCUAAGGACCAGUGCAGCGGGGGCGAGUCUCUCCAGCAGCCCCGCUCUACUGGCUAAACGAACCAAGCAGGAGAUCAAACUAGCGUCCAAGAUGGCGAAACGGUUCUACUCCAACCCGCCUUUGUGGGCGCGCUGCCUGUUCAGCCAUUGCUACAGCCUGUGGUUCAUCGCCCUGCCUGCCAGCGUCCGGCUGGCCAAGUCCAAGAGCCGGGCCAUGCAGCAGGCCUACAACAUGCUGCUGAACAUGAGGACCAAGGAGGUGGAGGUGCUCGAUGAGGUGUGUUACAGGGUGGUGAUGCAGCUCUGUGGUGUGUGGGGUCUUCCUGUCAUGGCUGUGCGAGUCCUGGUGGAGAUGAAGAAAGCUGGAGUUCAUCCCAACGCCAUCACCUAUGGAUACUACAACAAGGCCGUCUUGGAGAGCCCGUGGCCCAGCCGUAACCGUAGCGGCCAUUUUAUGUGGACUAAGCUGCGUAACGUCGUCCGAGGAGUGGCUCAGUUCAAGCAAACUCAAAUCCAAACGCCGUCCACGAUAGUUACCACAGAUGCCUCAGUGAAGGAAUCGGUAGCCACAGAUGUUGAUGACUUGAGUCACGGAAGUGCUCACAGCUCAAGUGAAGUCAUCGGUGAGGAGCACAAUGAGGAUGCAUCAGACGGGCACUGUAACACAGGAAGACAGUCUGACCAAGGAUAUGGGUCUAAGGACGAGUUACACCAGGAAUUGGCUGAGCCUUCUCCUUCUGAUGAUGCUGCUGACCAGACGAACAAAGAAGAAACGGACCAUAACGUAGGGGACAUUGCUGGCUCGGUGGACAGUGCUUUAGCAGUGGCAGAGCCCCCCAGUCCUGUUGAAGUUUCCUCGCCUGUCCCCAGUAUUGUUAAACUGUCCACAGGAAGCUUUGAUGGUGGCAGGGAAACUACGAAGGUGAAGCUGUUCAGGAGGCACAGUAAGAACGACAGCGUGUCUCUGACUGAUGAGGACUCUGCUCCAGCAACGGGAGACACAGUGGCUCAGACCCAGCAGCAGCAGCGGCAGAAGGCCUUCUCCGAGCGCAGCUGCAGCUUCAGUGUUGAGAGUCGAGCUGGUAUGCUCCUGGAGAAAGGCGUGGACCACAUGGCCAGCCAAAUGGGCGCUGACGCUCGUAUCCUGGCUGCAGUGCUCUCUGAAGCUAAAACUCCACCAGCCAUCAGUGUGUCCAAAGCUCUUUUUGAAGACCUGGAGGAGGAGCCUGAGGAUGGAAAGGGUUCGUCGCAUAAGAAACUUGUAGAGGGAGGAGUUGCGGGAGCGUUGGAGGAAAGCAAAGGAGACGAGGAAGAGGGGAAGGCAGCUCAGGGACAGGAGAAACGUGAGAGGAAGCAAACUGAAACACAAGAGGAGGAGUCUGGGCUGAGAGGAGCUACCUUAGAGAGGGCGGAUGUGGAGGCGGGGGCCGACCCGCUCUCCCUCCUGGUGUCAGAGAGUGAGGAAUCGGCUUCUGUGAGCAGCCAGGAGCCGCCACGCGGCGUGCCAGCAGUUGUGUCCCGUAACCUGGCUGAGGAGAUUGAAAUGUACAUGAGUCUACGAGGUCCUACAGGUGCAAAGUCCUCCAGCAUGGAGCUGCAGCCGUCCCAGGAAGACUCCAGCGACGGCCCUCCGCCCCAGAAGCCCCUGGAGCGACGGUCCAGCCUCCCUGUAGCACCUGUUAAAACUCCAUCCAGCUCACCAGGAGAUACGCCCAAACGCAGCCCCAACACCGUUACUCGCUCAAAGACUUUUGCAAUAAAAACCAAAACUCCUGGAAUCACCACAGCGAGUCCUGGACCCAGAUCUACGUCUCUGACGGCUCUGGUCAUGUCCUCACAGGGAGCGUCGCUGGGCUCCGUCAUCAACACCAUUUCUGGCAUCAAAAUGGACAACUUGUUGUCGGGUCCCAAAAUCAAUGUGCUGAAAUCAGGCAUGAAGCAGGCAGCAAACGUGGCCAGCAAAAUGUGGGGCGCCGUGGCGUCGGCAUACUACUCCGACGACGAGGAGGAGCAGGCUGUGGGCGGGGGAGGGUUCCCAGCCCACCUGGAUGAACACAUGCUGCCUGCACAGGACCUGGACCAGAGUCCUGAGAGAAGAGCCGUUCCAGGUCUGGUGUCUAACGGUCUGAACCAGAGCUGCACCAGCCUGGGCAGCAGCAGCGGCAGCAGCGACACCGGCAGAGGGACUCAGACACACCCAACUCCAGGGCGAGCUGGUAGGGGCCCAGACUCUGAGCAGAGCUCCUCACAUCACGCUUCCUCCUCCAGCAUCUACCAGAAUUGUGCUCUUGAAGUGCUGAUGUCCAGUUGCUCUCAGUGUCGCUCCUGUGAAGCUCUGGUGUACGACGAAGAGAUCAUGGCAGGAUGGACAGCAGAUGACUCCAAUCUCAACACCAACUGUCCUUUCUGUCGCACAGCCUUCCUCCCUCUGUUGCACAUUGAGUUUCACGACCUGCGCUCAAUGUCUGACUUGUACAUGAAUCCCAGUGCCUCAGGAGACAGCAUACACAGCACCAGUCCUCAGCCUACAACUAGCGGCUCAGCUGAAAUGAAAACCCCAGACCUAAUCUCUUUCUCUGAGGAGGAGCCCAAGGAGGCUUCAAAUGGUCCACCUGGAACACAGAAGAGUCUGGUCCCAGAGCCGGUCCAGUCCGACCCCCUGGGUCUCCUGGGGCACCAGGCAGCAGGUAAGCAGCAGAAGUGCAGCGGCACUUCACUGACGCGCAGCAACAGUGUUGGAGGUCCGCUGCAGAGCUUGGACUACUCCCAGAGACCGGGUCACGGCGUCUCCACCACCAGCCUGCCCUGUAGCCUGCAGGAGAUGUCGGACGGCAUCGGACAAAAGCGUCCAAAUCCCAAGCCUGUUUCUGUGCCGUACCUGAGCCCCCUGGUCCUGCGCAAAGAGCUGGAGACCCUGUUGGAGAACGAGGGGGAUCAGGUCAUCUACACACACAAGUUCCUCAGCCAGCAUCCCAUUAUCUUCUGGAACCUGGUGUGGUAUUUCCGCCGCCUGGACCUCCCCACCCACCUGCCGGGUCUCAUUCUGAACUCUGAACACUGCAACAAUGGAGUACAGCUUCCCCUGGCGUCCCUGUCUCAAGACAGUAAACACGUUUACGUACAGCUGCUGUGGGACAACAUCAACCUGCACCAGGAACCCGGAGAACCUCUGUACCUGCUCUGGAGAACCUUCUUGGAGAAGAAGGGGACUUUGGCUCCAACGGACCACCAGGAGAUCCGAAUCCUCCUGAACACCAUUGUCCGUAACAUCCAGACGAACGACGUCUACGGCCCCAUCAACCUGCUGAUCCGAGAGAUCAAACGGCAGCCAGAUAGAGUCAAACGACAGAGGAGUAUAUACAGAGAAAUCCUCUUCCUGUCACUGGUAGCCUUGGGACGGGAGAACAUCGACGUGGAGGCCUUCGACCGUGAGUACCGCCAGGCGUACGACGAGCUGAGCCCGGAGCAGCUCAAGUCUCUGCAGCGCAUCGAUCGCCCGCCCACCUCCAGUAUCCAGUGGUGCCUUAAAUGUUUUGGACCCCCUGUCAUCUGAGCCGCUCGGAUCUCAAGAACGCUGUAGAAAAUCCCUCCAGUCGCUGAACGUGGUACUCAUGUCUUUGAAGCUGCGGUUCCCCUGCAUCUCUCCUGUUGUAUUUUCGCUCUUCUCAUGCAGCGGUGAUGUUUUAGGUCUCGUUGAGCCACGUUUCACGACCAUAACCGAACAGAAUGUCCACGAGUGGAUUUACUAACCGUCUCCAGGUCAGAUGCAGAGCACAGGAAACCGACAGUUUUUGUGCUCCUUCUGUAAAUAUACAUGUUUGUACAUACGUUUCCAUUUGAGUGAAGCCUGAAACCUUAGGUGCCUGUUUUUGUUGAUUCUCACCCGAGUCUUAACGAUCGUGAAGCUGUGUGAGUACACGAACUCACGCUGCCGACGUCUGGCGAAGCCCGAGCAUGAAGGAACCCCACACUUCUGAUUCUGUUAACAUCCAGACUAACACGGGGAGAGAUGAACAGCAGCUCGGCGUGUUGUGCGUAACUUUUGAUAACUGCUGGUUUUUUCCCCCCAACAGUAACAUCCUGUUCUAGUAGAGCUGAAACCGUAGGACCGGUCCUGACCAGGGCCGUUGUUUCUCUAGCGUAGGGGAGUUUUAACGUAGACUGGGUGUUGUUUUAGCGUUAGCCCAGUGUUUUUGAAUGUUAGCGAGGGUAGAAGCACAUAGAGCCAAGAGCUUAGUGCUGAUGCUGCGAGAGGAGAUGUGACAUUCCACUAAAUGCUGAAGCAGACAGUAAAUCGGAAUAGUGCUGUGAUGAGCUAUUGGGAAAAGGAUUGUGGAUUUUGUUUAUACAUUCUGGGAGAGUUCACUUGUACAGAUUAGAUCAUGUAAAAUAUUCCAUUUGCACUGCUUAGAUUAAGAUCUGAGAAUAAGAUUAUUCAUUAAAAUAACAUUAAACAGUUGUGUCCAAAAAUUUAAAAAAUAAUUCUGCUAUUUAUUUUUGUAUUAUUGACAUUUGGAUUGCAGAUGGUUUGGUGGCAAUGGAUUUUUAUAACUAAUAGCAUCCUGUUCCCUUUAAAUCUGUCUUACUGGACUCAUCCUGUACUGACUUUGUACAUUUAAUUUCCUUGGCUGUACAGAAAAAAACUUUUUUUUUUUAAGUAAUAGAUUACCAUCCUGUGGAAAGGAAAUGAAUGUCUGUCCUGAACUGUGCUGCAAUAAACGAGUUUGUGAACUGAUUGAAAA